ACAUCCUUCAGUCGCCAUUUUACUUUUCUUUACGAUGGCGGAAAUAUCUACAACUUCUAGCAUGAAACGUGAUUUCAGUAGAGUAGUUUUAACAUUAGAUAAUGUUCUAAUUCCAGAUGACAAAUUAUCAGAAACGCCUUCUAUGCUGGAUGGUCUAGAUAAGGAAGUGGAAACGGAUUUAAGAAUAUUAGGAUGUGAAUUAAUUCAAACGGCUGGAAUACUUCUCAAGUUACCCCAGGUAGCCAUGGCCACAGCACAGGUGGUUUUCCAGCGAUUUUACUACUCCAAGUCUUUUAUUAAGCAUAACAUGGAGGUUGUGGCAAUGGCAAGCAUAAUGCUAGCCUCUAAGAUUGAAGAGUGCCCAAGAAGAAAUCGUGAUGUCAUUAAUGUGUUCCACCACAUUAAGCAAGUUCGAAGCAAAAGAACUAUCCAUUCACUUGCCCUAGAUCAACAUUACCUUAACCUGAAGAAUCAAAUUAUUAAGGGAGAAAGAAGAGUUUUAAAAGAGCUUGGUUUUGCAGUCCAUGUCAAACAUCCUCACAAAAUCAUUGUGAUGUACCUUGAAGUCCUAGGUAGCACAAGCAAUAGGAAACUUGUCCAGUGUGCCUGGAAUUUCAUGAAUGACAGUCUACGUUCCGAUGUUUUUAUGAGGUUUCACCCAGAGUCGAUAGCCUGUGCCUGUAUUUACUUAGCAGCUAGACAGUGUCAAGUUCCACUGCCCAAUAACCCGCCUUGGUUUUGGAUCUUUCGGGUUAAUGAAGAUGAAAUUCAGCAGAUAUGUUUGUCCAUUCUCAGGCUCUAUGCAAGACCUAAGCCCAAUUUUGAGCAGCUUGAAAAGGUUGUAGAGGAAUUAAAACGUAAACAGCAGGCAGCCAAGUCAAAGGCCAGAGGUCUUCUAUCAGAUAUUGAUACACCUAAUUCUACAUCACGACAAAAUUCUCCAAAAGUGAGUCCAAACCCUACAUCCUUACUUCAGGCUAUGAGGAAGGAAAAAGAAAAACUUGAGACAAAACAAGCUAGCAACGGUGAAGCAGGCAGUGAUAGAUCAGAUAAUGAUAAUGUUAGGUCUUCAAACAAAAAACGCAACCAUGAUCACAGUGAAGAUAGUGAUAGAAGUAGAGAUUCCAAGUCAAAUUCUUCUAGUCACUCUAGUCAAAGAAGUCGCAGCCCAAGAUCGGAGUCACCUUUGUCUAAGAAGCAUAAGCGAUCUCCUAGCAUCAAGAAGAUGAGGAAACAGGAAUCUUUCAGCCGAGACAAACACAAAAGGAAAUAUAGGUCAAAGUCUCGCUCAUAUAGUAGGUCGCCACUUCGCAACUCAAAACUUUCAAAGAAGUCUCGGCGUGGUGAUUACAAAGACAUAAGAGAGCAAUACAAAGAGAAAGAUUACUAUAGAGAAAAGGGUGAUAGAGACUACUACAGAGAAAGAGAAAGAGACUAUUACAAAGAACGGGAUUAUAAAGAGAGGGAUUACAAAGAUAGGAAGUCCUACUCACCUGAAAAAGAUCGCCAUCGUUCUAGAAAACAUCGCAGUAAUGGUCAUAGGGACAGCCCAAUCAGAGAAAAGCUUGACAAACACAGACGAUAACUUUUGUAGUGAAUUAGGCUUGAUGUGGUUAGGGAACAAAGUCAAUGGCUGUGAUUUUCUUUGACUAAACGAUUUCAAAAGUGCCUUUAUUUUUUAGGUCAGUGUAAUCUGUAAUGUUCCAUUGAGCAGCAGCCUGGCACAAAACAGUUUUAUUUUAUCUUUUGGUUUGUGUUGGCACUUAGAAUGUUGAUUUCUUAGCAGGUUAUCUCAUUUAAUAUAACAUUGCUCAGAAAGUUGUUUGGCUUUGUGGACAACAUAAAAUGUUUCUGUAUGUCAACUUUGAACCACUGUUAUAGUCAAAUAUCUUUGACAAGAAUCUGAAGGCCACCUGUAUUUUAUUU